GAAAUGAGCUUGCACAUGAAGCAUCUGGAGCAGUGCCUGCCACGCUGCAAACACUCAAUUCUAGGGUGCUCCUGCUGCCCUGAGCUCUCCAUUUUGGCACCCCCAAAGGUCCAGCUGAACUUACACAGGAGCCUACCUGGCAUCCAUCCAUUGGCCCUCCAGAUAUGCAACUGCCUCUGGUACAAUGGUGGCAGCCACACACUGCACUCCAGAACAGAGACGACACCAUCGCCCACUGACAAUACUGGGAGUGGACACCCAGAGUAUAUUGCGUAUGCGCUUGUCCCCGUGUUCUUCAUCAUGGGUCUCUUUGGCGUCCUCAUCUGCCACCUGCUUAAGAAGAAAGGCUAUCGUUGUACAACGGAAGCCGAGCAAGAUGUGGAAGAGGAAAAGGUUGAAAAGAUAGAGUUGAAUGACAGUAUAAAUGAAAAUAGUGACACUGUUGGGCGAAUUGUGCACUACAUCAUGAAAAAUGAAGCAAACGCAGAUGUUUUAAAGGCAAUGGUGGCAGAUAACAGCCUGUGUGAUCCUGAAAGCCCAGGGACCCCCAGCACUCCUGGGAGCCCACCUUUGAGCCCUGGGCCCUUGUCACCAAGUGGCACCCCAGGGAAGCACGUCUGUGGCCACCAUCUGCAUACAGUGGGCGGUGCUAUUGAGAAGGAUGUGUGUCAUCGGUGUCGGCACAAGCGAUGGCACUUCAUAAAGCCCACCAACAAGUCCAAAGAAGGCCGCCAGAGGCGUCAAGGAAAGGUCACCGUCCUGUCUGUGGGCAGGUUUAGAGUUACAAAAGUGGAACACAAAUCCAAUCAGAAGGAGCGGCGAAGUUUGAUGUCAGUUGGUGGGGCUGAAAGCGUCAAUGGGGAGGUGCCUGUGACACCUGUGAAGAGAGAACGAAGUGGCACAGAGUAGCAGGAAUGACUUUUUUGAAGAGUUCUAAGAGGCUGAAAACUUACAAGAUAUGAAGUUGCCCAAGGAAUGUUUAUCUUUUAUACGAUUUCUAUCAUGGAGUCUGCAGGCAUAUGAAAAAAGCUAAAAGGGAAUAUUGUUGCUAUGCUGAAUAAAGAUUCAGUUGGCUUUGAAACAAGUUUUGGGUUUAAAAAGUCUGGUGAAAAAUGUAUUACAUUUCCAGGGAAGAAAAGAGCUCAUUUUUUAUCUUCCCAACUACCUUUAACCACCACCCCUUCCAAUCCUCCGUCUCUGGCCUUAGUGUGUACACCGCAGUUUUUCCAGUAUGAUCUCUACAUACAGCGGAGCUGUUCGCGUACAUGAGCUGAUGCUCAGUGUGUGUGUGCGCACAUGUGUACUUGUGCAUGUGUGUGUGUGCACGUUCACGCACGCUUCUGUUCCCCCAGCCCUUACCUCCUAUUUUACUACUGGUUGUAAGAAGAUCCUCUUACAGUUUAACUGUUACAAGAGAUAAAGAUGACUCUUUGGUGGUGAAAGGUCCUUGAAGAUAACCUAGCUUAGCCUGAGAAAAUGGCCCCCAGGAGCCAUGGAUCGGAAGGAGCCAGGUGGCAGACUGGAUUCUGAGACCAGGAAUUCCGCAUCGACUUCUGCGACCAGCACGCGCCUCUCCUAGGUCGCUUGUAAAACACUGAGAGGUUUGUUUCUUUUUUUACACUUGAGCUAAGCAAUAAACUAAGUAAUUUAUUUAAUAAAGGGGAAGAUGGUUUAAAGUCACAAAAACAAAAAACAAAUUGUUUUGAUAACCCCAAGUGCAAACAAAACAAAUCUCUAGGUCUCGUGCCAGCUGGGCCUGUACCUUCCUCUGGCCCCCUUCCUUGGUGCACUUGCUGUUCUUAUAACCAGUGCUCAUUGUUUCAAAGCGUCUUAGUGAUUUUUCCCCCUUUGGGCUUGGAAAACCUUACUUUUUUUUUAAGCCUUGGAGUUUAUGAAACACCUGAAAGAACUCAGAAGUCUGGGCCAAAGGCUGGGAGGGUCCACUUACAGGAAAUUCGCCAAGACCUGCUUCAUGCUUCUUUUAUUUCACAGAGAAAAAGCACUUUUUAUUUCACUCCCAGAAGAUGAUUUCCAUUAAAAUGUAUUUGAAGUAUUUACUGUAAAUAUACUCAUUCCAUUCUGUUGCUGGCAUCAAACGAAAGGUUCAAUUUCAUGUGAAUUUUUAUUGACAACUAAUUAGGAGGCUUUACAGGCACACAUACAUAAACACAGUAGGCGAGAGGAAGUCAGUAUGGACAUAAAUUUCACUGAGGUCCAAAAAGUAGCAAAAUAGAAAUUUGGGGGAUGUGAAUUAAUGUAAAUAAUAUAUGUGUGGUCUAGACCAAUAGUUUUAGUUUUUAAAAAAGCAUUAUUUUUUGAUUGUUGAAAGAAUAUACCCUCAGAAUGGUGAAGGAUGCUAUGUAAGAUAGUCUUAAGCUUUAAUUAUUUUUCAACUGUAUUCAGGUCAGAGCACUUUUUAAAUAGCAAUAAACACGUGAGAGAAUACUCAGAAAUAUUUAAAAUUGUAUUUAUAUCAACAGUGCAUUUUAAAUAUUUUCUAAUACUUGAGCAGUUUUUGUCUGUCUGUCUUCCACAUAUGCCAAAAGUUAAGCAUUCAAUAUUUUCAACACAUAAGCUUUUUACUCGUUUCUAUGAUCUAAUAAGAACUCUCAAGUGUUCCCAAAGCAACCGAUGUUUACAGGCCCUGUGUUUUCCCUGCUCCAGCAGAAGGACUGGGGAUCCACAGCAAACUAACUGUGCAAAACACUAAUGAUGGGUUGACUGCUGGUGUCAUCAAUGGGUUGGCUACCACCUUGAUGUAAAAAUUUAUAAAGGGAAUUUUUCACCCUUUUGAGUGUC